AUGUUGUUCAUUCUCUUCAUGAUAUUGCUACCAUAUUAUGUUAAAUAAAUCAUCUCGACUCGUAUUCACAUUUCAUUCUUUCUUCCUGUCAACGAAAUAACUCAUUCAUAUACCUACCUACCUAUCAAAAGUUAAAUUCUUCUUCCCCUUCACAAGGCUUCAUACUCCAAAGACCGAAAACACACUAGUGAUUAAUCCCAGACCGUCGUAACCUUUACUCCGACUUUUUCAAGCUCCAUCCAUCCAUCAUAUUAUUUCACAAAUUCACUUAUUUAUUUCAAGAAUCAAGGACAUGAAGCCUCCUACAUAUUCUACACGCUCGAAGCGUAAAUCCGAUGAAGUAGAACCUAGUUCACCCACUUCUAAAAAAUCACGAACAUCACUUGAUCUCCCACCUUCUUCUCCAUUAUCAUCACCUUCUUCCACAUCAGCUGACGCCCUCUUGGCUCAAAGUCCAAUGGACCCUGAAAAUCUUGAUCUCGACUCUAAUUUAACCUUUCGAGGAGGUUUUCGUGGUAGAGCUCGUGGACGCGGUAGAAUUCGUGGAACGGGAAGAGUCGGACGAAAUGGUAAUGCGAAAAUUCCCAUGACGAAGAUGGGUGGUGUGGAUAUCAAUGCCAGUGUGGCGGGUGGGAAAUCAUCUCGUGGAAGAGGUGGUCAUCGGGUGAAAAAAUCAAGUAAUGCGAGGAUACAGAGUUUGUAUCAUCGGAAACAAUUGCUGAAAACUCAGUACAAACAGGUGGCUUUGUUGCAGAGGGUCGCUCUGGAUGUCAUUUCAGAUAAGUCGUUGCAGGUUAUCAGUGAGGAUCCAAAGUAUCAUGAGACGUUGCCUGAAUUUCAGAUUGUGACAGAUCAAUUGGCUGCGAAAUAUGCUGAGAGAGUUGCGUUGUUGGAGGCUCAACGUAUGGUUCAAUUGGAGUAUGCGGAGAAGCAGAGGUUUCUUGGUGAGGAAUAUACUAGGGGCGUAUAUGAGGUAUGCUAUUCAUUUUAUUUUUAUAAACAUUGCUAACACGUGUGUAGACUCAAGUAGAAUUGAUUAAGGAGAAGUAUGAUUUAAUGAUCAAGAGAAGAUUGAUUGAAGAGCACCAGCAAAUGGAAAUGCGAUCUGGUGCUGAUAGUCCAUCUCAGCAUAAUGUAAGUGAAGAAGAUUUUGAUUACCAAUUUUUACUGAUCUUACUAGUUUGAUCAUUCACAUAUCAAGAGAAUCCCUGAAGAGAUUUUCAUCCACCCUGCUGAUGCGUGGGCCAAUGGUGGCCGUGCUGCACAACUUGCUGCUGAUGCUGAGAAGGCCCAAGGCAAAAAACGAGGCGGUCGUGGAAAGAAGUCUACCAAGAUGCCUGCAUCACCAUUUAAACCUCUAGAUAUUAUGACGCCGGAUGAUACAGAAGUCGCACCCAAGAAGACAUCCUUGUAUCAACCUGCUACCUCAUUAUCUCUCGCCAAUACCGUGGAUGGAGAUUCUGCAGCUCCCACCCCAGCCGAAUUGACCGAACAAGAAGAUGCCGAUGAGUUAGAGACCGAUAAAUUCGGAGUUUACAUACCUAAUAAAGCAAGACCCAGAAAUGGCGAUCCGCCAAAUAAUCGUAUAGUGGUCGAGCCUCCAUUUACAUUUGAUGAGGAUGAGAUAGGUAUUCGUCAUCACCAUUACAAAAAGUACAACAAGAAUGAUCUUCCUACUUUCAUUGGGAUGGACCCUUCUCCACAACCGAAGAAUUUUCAUUAUGAUCCUUGGGUGAGAAAUCAUCAUUCUACGAAUAAUCGACCGGAAGACUUGGAUCAAACGAUUGUUGAAACUCAUAAGUUACAUCCUACUUUAGGUUUGCCUGUGAAAGGUUCAAUGAAUCCUACACUUACUGUAAGAAGUGAUUGGAGUAAACCUGUAGCAGAGACCAAACCUGUUCUUUUUGUUGUUGAAACUCAAGAUGAAGAAUCACUGAAACCAAGAUUUGAGACUUCUCGUUCAGCAUGGAUGGCACGCACAGAAAGGGAAUUUGCGGAUCUUAUUGAUCAACUCAAGAUGGCUGAAUCAUUGGAGGCAAUUGGACUUCGUGACCCUAUCCUUCGACCAAUCGAAAAGAAGGUUGAACCUCAAAUCAUUGGUAAGAUUAGUGAUUCUUUGAUGCAAGCUGUGACAGAGGCAUCAAAUCUUUUAUCCAAGCCACUUCCAUCAGCACCCUCAUUAAGAGUGACUUCAGUACCUGGAACGCCUGCACCUGCACAAAGAACUCAAGGCUACGAUCCAGUCCGAGAUACUGGAUACUCUCCUCACUUACGUCGAUCUCCAGUCAAAACUUUCAACCAAGUCGGAAACCUAGGUGUCCUCGCGGAUGCAGCCGAAUUACGUGGGGCACCACAACACCGCGGAGGGCUUCCUCAUCCAAUUAUCCCAGCGCCAAGACCAAUGCAACAAAUGUACACCUUUUCUCAGCCAGAAUUCUAUAGGCCAGGUCCUUCAUUUGUACCUCCACCCCCACAUAUGAAUCUCCCACCACCUAUACCCAUGACUCUUCCGCCCCCUCAACCGCAACAGCAGCAAACGCAAUUCUUUCAAUAUGCUGGUCCACCGCAAGCUCAAGGUGGUCCUCAUAACAAGUACAAGGAGAUUCUCCCUGCCCCGCCACAAAGGCGCGUACAACCGACUUCAUUGGCUGUACCCCGGAAUAAUGGAUUUAAUCCAUUUGUAAAUGGAACAGCAUAUGGAAAUGGUACGGGAAGGGGUCCUUAAGCUGAUUAAUUGGCAAACAUGAGACACAUACAUAUAGACAAGUGUAGUAGGGAAUCUUGUAUUGAAGGAGGCAUGGGGAACAUGAAACUUCGAGGACUGCACUUUCGUCGCGCAUUUUUACUACAGUAGCCCAUAUUCCAUACGUGAAGGUUCGAUACGAGGACUCUUUCAUGUAGAGUAUUUCUUUACCCUCAACCUCCUUUCCUCGCAUUCGUCUCUUUUCUUUAUUUUGUACCAACAAACUAUUUCUUCAUUUUGUCAUUUUUUCCAUUCUUCAAUCAACUAGGCAGGCGUACGAUUUGUGUAGGUGGGGAAAGGAAGUUCUACGAUUGAACGUAUGUGUCUAUUUGUUUCCCGAACAAAUAGACAGACAAAUUGGAAUUAGGGAUGGAAUUGGGAUCGGAAUUGGGAGUGAAAUUGGAAUGGUGGGCGCAAUGCAGUUUUAAAAGUUUUGCUCUAUCUUUUUUCGGAGGAAGUGGCAGGAGUUUUAUUUCGGUGGGUGGUGAUGGUUUAGGAUGGAGGAAGGGAAGAGAAGGGAUGGGUAGGAGGAUAGGAGGAUAGAAGGAAAAAAUACUCCUGGUCUGGUGUUUCUAUUAGAGGAAUGAAGGAAUAGAAAUGGAAUUUAUGUUUUUGAAUAGUCUGAAGUUUGACUUUAUAAUUGUAUUCGUUUUUGUUUUUCUCGAGAAUAUAUAUAG